AUGAGCGCACGCUCCCAGCCGACAGCCGCGAACCCCUCGGCAGCCAACCCUUCCUCGUCCACCGCCAACUCCAACCAGAGCUCAGCAGCAGCCACUCCCAGCAUCGCGGCAUCAAACAUCCCUACAGCACCUGCCAAAGAUGACGCAGCAGCAGCACAGCAUGCAUCCCAACAGCUCUUCCGCGAUAGGCAGAGGCGCAGGCAGCAGCUCAGAGCCGCAAACCUAGCCGCCUGGUCCGCGGGCCCCUCGAUACCUUCCUCGUCGCUCGACUCCAACCUCAAAAAGAACACCGCAUUCAUCAAGCGCGUAAAGCAGAGCCUCGCCCAGGAUGCCAGGGACCAGCUCAUCCGCGACCUCGGUACCCUCAGCCUCGACAAGUACCGCGAGGAAAUCGUACAGGCCGUGCCAGAGGGUCUCCAGAAGUGCAUCAAUCCAAAGGACUGCAUGGCCGCAGCAGAGAUUCUCUCGGCCUUCCACUGCCGCUUCGGCGGAGACGCCUUCUCCGCACCCCUCACCAGCAUCCUCUCGGCGACGCUCGCCCCGCCCAACAAGCUCGCACUCCAAUCAAUACCCCAGGAGCAGAGGGAGCGCGACGAGGCCGCAAGGGUGGCGCGCCAGAAGCAGCUCCUCCGCGUCGCUGCAGACCUUGCCCUCGUCGAAGUGGUCGGCCACUCCAAGGACCAGAGCAGCGCCGUCUGGCUCUAUCAGGUCACAAAGGAGCUGCUCGCCACCGACAAGGACCACGUCAAUGUCCCCAUCCUCAUCACGCUGCUCCGCGCCCUCGCACCGGCGCUCGUCGACCCUCCUAGCACCGCCGAUGCCGGCACAUCUGCAGACCCGGAGGGUAUCGCCAAGGGUGUGAGCGCCAUCUCGCUCCAGGACGCGGCGGGAGCUGCGGGUGCUGUGGCCGAGCUCGAUGCCGCCGAUCCAGAGGCAGCUCCACUCGUGACGACCGAGAUGAAGGCCAAGUUUCGCAAGCUCUUCGAGACCUACUUUGCCACGCUGUCGCGCAAGAUUGUCAAGGAGCACGAGCGGCUGCAAGAGCAGGAUCGCCGCAAUCACGAGGCAUACAUCCGCUACGGCGAGAUCUUCGAGGACCGCCAGCAGACCUACGAGAAGAUGACCAAGGGCUUUGAGCGCUAUCACGAGUGGGGCAAGCUCCUCUCCGACCUCCUCGGCGUGCCUAUGCCCAAGCUCGUCGACGCCGCCAAAUCCAAUGCCAUCGGCCUCGGCGUCAACCUCGACUCCAAGUCGGCCCUCUUCAACGAGCGCAGCGACGAGGACUUUGGCUCGAAUCAGAGCCCUUGGGAAGAUGAAGAUACGCGGCGUUUCUACGAGGACCUGCUCGACCUCAGCGACGUCAUCCCGCCGAGCGUACUGGCCGGAACGUCUUCUUCGACGGCGUCGGCGUCCAAGGACACGGACGGCGAUGCUUCCGCGCGGGACGGCCAGGAUCCCGCAUCGCCUGACCCGAGCAGAUCGCCGCGCCCGGUUUCGGACGGGGAGGAUGCAUCAGAAGGAGCCGUGGGCACAACGUCGGGCGCCGAUGCGGCGUCAGAGGACCAGAUGAACGCCGGCCCGGCAGCCCAGCUCAACUCUCUGCUGGCCAAGCUGCCGGACCUCACCAACCGCGCCAUGAUCGACAGCGCUGCCGUCGACUUUGCCUUUCUGGCGAGCAAGCCGGCGAGGCGGAAGCUGGUAAAGCACCUCUCGUCGAUCCCACGCAGCCGGCUCGAUCUGAUACCCUACUACGCCAGGCUGGCGGCCACGUUGAACCGUUACAUGCCCGACGUAGGCUCCGGGCUGGUCGGCACGCUCGACGACGAGUUUCGCUACUUCCAGCGCAAGAAGAACGUCGAGCUGACCGAGUCGCGCGCCAAGAACGCCCGCUUCCUCGCCGAGCUGACCAAGUUCAAGGUGACGCCCUCGCACACCAUCUUCCACUGCCUCAAGGUGUGCCUCGAAGACUUUUCCGGGCCCAACAUCGACGUGCUGGCCACGCUCCUCGAGACGUGCGGCCGCUAUCUGCUGCGCACCGAGGAGAGCAGCGCCAAGAUGCGCAGCAUGCUCGAGAUGCUGCGCCGCAAGCGCGGCCUCGUCAACCUCGACGCGCGGCAGCUGCUGAUGCUCGACAACGCCUACUACCAGUGCAACCCGCCGGAGCGCAAGGCCAUCGAGCAGAAGGUGCGCAGCCCGAUGGAGCUCUUCGUCCGCCACCUCGUCUACGACGUGCUGACCAAGAAGACGCUCGACAAGGUGCUCAAGCUGCUGCGCAAGCUGCACUGGGAGGACCCGACGACGGUCGACACGCUCAAGGCGCUCUUCACGCGCGUGUGGAAGAUGAAGUUCAGCAACAUCCACCUGCUGGCGAUCCUCGUCUACGACCUGCAGGCCUACCACCUCGCCUUUACCGUCGACGUCAUCGACCAGGUGCUCGAAAACAUCCGCACGGGCCUCGAGCAGAACAUCUUCAAGCACAACCAGCGGCGAGUGGCCACCGUGCGCUACCUGGGCGAGCUGUACAACUACCGGCUGAUCAACAGCGGCAUCGUCUUUGACCAGCUGUGGAGCCUGACGACGUUUGGCCACCCGGGCGGCCGGCCGCUCCCCGGCCAGGUGACGCCGAUCGACGCGCCCGACGACUAUUUCCGCAUCCGCCUGAUCUGCACGCUGCUCGACACGUGCGGCAUGUGCUUUGACCGCGGCUCGCUCAAGAAGAAGCUCGACGAGUUCCUCGUCUUUCUCAACCUCUACGUGCUGUCCAAGGAGCGGCCGCUGCCGAUGGAGGUCGACUUUAUGCUGUCGGACACGCUCGAGAGCCUGCGGCCCAAGUUCCAGCUCAAAACCGACUUUGCUGAGGCCGCGCUCGAGGUCGAUUUGAUGCUCGCCGCCCACCGUGCCAGUAAUCCCGCCUCCGGCAGCGGCGCAGAGGGUGCGGGCGAUGGCGAUUACGACGACGAGUUCGACGAGGAUGAGGACGAAGACGAUGACAGUGAUGACGACGACGACGAUGACGACGGCCGCAGCGGCGACGAGAGCCGGCGCGGGCCCAAGAUGCGCAACGGCGGCGACAGCACGGGCGUCAGCCAGCUGGGCGACGACGACUUUGACGACGACGACGAGGAUGACGACGACGCGAUCAACGACUUUUCCGAGGGCGGCUCGCAUCUGGGCCGCGACACGGACGCCGAGGAGGAUGAGGCCAUGGUGCGGCGGCGCGAGGAGGAGGCGACGAUCAAGCGCGAGGCGGACGACGAAUUCGAUCGCGAGCUGGCAAAGAUGAUGUCCGAGAGCGGCUCGAGCGUGGGGAUCAAGACGCAGAACCGCGGCCUGUCGGACGUGGGCAUCCCGAUGAUCCGGAGCCGGCGGGCGUCGCAGUCGAGCGCGUACGCGUCCAAGUCGGACCGCUCCGACCGCGAGCUGGGCACGGGCACCAGCGGCGACGACGACGACGACGACGACGACGACGACGAGGGGCAGCACAUGCGCUUCUCGCUGCUGAGCAAGAAGGGCAACAAGCAGACGACGCACGAGGUCAAGGUGCCCGCCACAUCGGCGAUUGCCAUCAACACGCGGACCAAGCAGCUCAAGAACGAGGCCGAGAGGAGGCAGCUCAAGGAGCUCGUCCUCGCCUACGAGGGGCGAGAGGAGGAGGCGGAUCGCAGGUCCCUCGAGCAGACGCUGUCGCGGCGCGGCUUCAAGGUCAAGUUUGCCGAUGAGCAGCGAGGCUGA